AUGGCGAGUGGACCCCUGGUUUUCAUUCACCCGGUCCUAGAAGAGGGAACUCCGAGUACCCAUACAGGUACCAAAGAAAAGUCAGGUGGGGUCCUGCAGCGAAUAGGUGAUGAGUACUUUUACUGGAACGCCAUUGGCUCGACUGUCUCACCGACCUCUACACCACCAGUGGUUGUGAGCCAAUUAAAACAGGCAUCCGCUCCCUUCCGACCAAUGGGAAACAACACUGUUUCAUCUACAGGCGAUUUGUCUGCUGACCUCCUCUCCGUAGAGUGGUUCGCCUCUCCAAGGGGACACUCCGACCCCAAUCUCCAGGAAAACUGUUCAAGCUACUCCUCUGCAGGCCUUGGGGCAGAGCUCUCCUUCAAUAACUGUAUGUACAGUUCCUCCGUCAUUUCCUCCUCUGCUAUCAGUCCGAUCUCCUGCUCAUCGACUCCCUCCUCCGCCAUUGUUGUCUCCAAUGGCACAACGACAGUGGCACCCACCAGCAAUUGGGUUUCGCCAUGGCAACUUCAUCAACAACCGUCGAUUGGCCUUAACAACAAAACUGCGGAGGAAGAAAAUUUCUUCACCUCUCGAGGAUUCUUUUCUGGACUGGGUAGCACUGCGACCACGAUCGUCAAUAAUCGAGGCGGGUUCUUCCCAACUCCUCCGGCUCCGCCACCGCCCCCACCACCACCACCACCGGGGCCAAAUUCCAAUCCUUUUUUGUUUCGAGAGAACUCAAAGUACUCGAGAGAGGUCUCUGGGAAGAGUCGGGGCGGCGCAGAAUUGCCUUCAUCUGGAACUGGGCUACCCGGUGGAAAUGGGUCGUCCUCGACUGGAGGUGGAUCCGCGACUGCCAACUCCAUCCAAGCAGCGGUGUUCUCCAAGCACACUGCAACGCCUCCUCUGAAUCGGCGCUCGUCGAUCGAGUGUCUCAACAAACCCGUUCGACCGUCGUCCGACACGAAUGUUAUUUCCCUCACCGACAACCCCGGGGCGCCAAUGCUGAAGGCAGACAGCACCCUCUCGUUGGACACCGAUUCGAGGGCCAGGGCAUGCUGCUUUUGUUGGUGCUGCUGUUGUUCGUGCUCAUGCAUUCGGGUUAGAGCUCCCAUCGAAACGGGCAAACGUUCGACACACAGCUUGGACGAAACUCGUCGAACAGAGACGCAAAUCUUGGAACCUCGCACAACAUACGAAGAAGUUCUCUCCUGGUCCGAGUGUUUUGAUAACCUCAUGCGAUGUUUCACCUCGACGGACGGUGGCGUCGGUCAAAAGGCAUUUCGGGAAUUCCUUCGGUCAGAGUACAGCGAGGAGAAUAUCCUCUUUUGGAUGGCGUGCGAGGACCUCAAGAAAGAGACGAACCACGAACUGGUCGAGGAGAAGGCUCGCAUGAUAUACGAGGACUACAUAUCUAUCCUCUCUCCGAAAGAAGUGAGUCUCGACUCUAAGGUUCGUGAUUUGAUAAAUUCUAACAUGACCCAGCCAACACCGCACACCUUCGACGAGGCCCAACUGCAAAUCUACACCCUCAUGCAGAGGGACUCCUAUCCCCGGUUCCUUGUCUCACGGAUCUACAAGGACCUGCUCGCCAUGAAGAAACGCCAAAGUUCCUAG